GGUUUGAUCGAAUCCCAAAUAGAAGGCUGGCUCCAUGGUUCUGUUGUUUAUACUUUAUGUGGUGUCCAGAGGAGAGGUGAAUUCAUAACACGUGGAAAAUGAAAGCUUUUUCACCUUCUUUGGCCUUUCCAACUCCUGUAUAAACUGUUCCUCUCCCCUCUUUUCCAUUAACUAGGAAUUAAUCACUCACUACUUUCAUUAUUUUCCUCUUAUAUAUAAAAGUAAGAGUAUGCCAUCGGGGUCUGGCAAAGUGGUUUGUGUUACCGGCGCCGGAGGUUUCAUUGCCUCUUGGAUUGUUAAAAUCCUCCUAGAACAAGGCUACACUGUUAGAGGAACCGUUAGGAAUCCUGAUGAUCCCAAAAAUAGUCACUUGAGGGAACUUGAAGGAGCAAAGGAGAGACUGACUCUCUGCAGAGCUGAUCUUCUGGACUACCAGAGUUUGAGACAAGCAAUCUAUGGAUGUGAUGGAGUUUUUCACGCUGCCUCCCCAAUGACUAAUGAUCCAGAGCAAAUGGUGGAGCCAGCCGUAAUUGGGACUAAGAAUGUGAUAACAGCAGCUGCAGAAGCCAAAGUUAGAAGGGUUGUGUUUACUUCGUCAAUUGGUGCGGUCUACAUGGACCCCAAUAGGACCCCCGAGAAAGUUGUGGACGAGACUUGCUGGAGUGAUCUCGACUUCUGCAAGAAUACUAAGAAUUGGUACUGCUAUGGGAAAAUGGUGGCGGAGAAAACGGCAUGGGAUGAGGCAAGGGAAAAAGGAGUGGAUUUGGUCGUGAUCAACCCAGUGUUGGUGCUUGGACCACUGCUCCAGCCCACAGUGAAUGCAAGUGUUCGUCACAUACUAAAGUACCUAACUGGCUCUGCCAAAUCAUAUGCUAAUUCAGUUCAGGGAUAUGUUCAUGUGAAGGAUGUGGCACUUGCCCACAUACUUGUCUACGAGACUCCUUCUGCAUCUGGCCGCUAUAUCUGUGCCGAGAGCGUGCUUCAUCGCGGCGACGUGGUUGAAAUCCUAGACAAGUUCUUCCCGGAGUAUCCCAUCCCCACCAAGUGCUCGGAUGAGACGAGGCCAAGGGAAAAACCGUACAAAUUCACGAACCAAAAGCUAAAGGACUUGGGCUUGGAAUUUACGCCUGUGAAACAAUGCUUAUAUGAGACAGUGAAAAGUCUGCAGGAGAAGGGUCACCUUCCACUUCCUACUCAAAAUGAUGAACCUAGCUAUUCCAAUGAUCACUCUUAAUUAGCCUCUACUACUAUUAAAAAGUAUUAGGGGGGGAUUAUCAAUAGUGAAACUUGAUCAGUAUGGCUUUUCCCUUUUUAUGUACCAAAUAAAAAGAAAAGAAAAAAAAAAAAGAGCUGCUUCUUAUUCUCCAUUUUACUACUUAUA